GAUAAACAAAUUGAUAAUGAUAAAGAAGAAGAGCAAAAAAAAAACAUAACAAAAAAUGUUUCAGUGAAUCCAUGCCGAUUGUCUAUUGAUUCUUAUUGUUUCUGUUGAGUUCUGGGAACUGGUUGAUUGAUUGAUUUACUUGAUUGAUCACAGAGCUGAGUAGAGCGGAGUGGAGCAUCUUAUUAGCUAGGACAAGAGAAUUCGAAGAGAAGAGAAGAGAAGAUCGAUAUUGAGAACAAGACAAAUGAUCAAUACAUCAGAUUCCUGUUGAAAAGAAGAGAGAAAAAAAAGGAUAACUCGAUACAUUUUUAUUUUUAUUUUUUAUUUCAGGAAAACAAAGAAUCAAUUAGAGAGAGAGCUCUCUCUCUUUACUUGCAAAGAAAAAUCUCGCUCGCGCACAAGCAGCCAGCGACUAGGUAUCCUAAAGUUCUGCUCUCUUCUCCUCUCCUCUCUGUCUCUUUCGAAUCUCGAAAAUGGAUAUGCUGGCUCUCCUCCGCGAGAACCCUGUUGUUAAUGACAUCUACCAACUCAGCACCCCCUACCUAGCACGCGCCUAUCCCUACUUCCUGCGCGCCUAUCCGUUCCUCCACCAAACCUCUGCCAAUCUCUACACGCAACUUCUGCACCCUCUCUACCUCUUCACCAUCACCCACAUCAUGCCACUCCUCCUCCCGCUCUUCGAAGCCCUGCUCAAAGUCGGCAGUCAAAGCCCCGGAAUCGCAGUUAUUGUCGGGGUUCUCGCGAUCGUGUGGUUUAUAUUUUUCCUGAUGGGGUUGAUGAGGAGGAUGGUCGCGUGGGGAUUGCGGAUGGUGUUUGGAUUGGUGUUUUGGGGGGUGCUUGGGGGGGUGGCAGUGGUGGUUUUGCAGCGGGGCGUGGGGAGGACGGGGGUGGAGGUUUUGGAGGGGGGGAGGUGGGUGGUGGAUGUCUUUUGGAGUGAGUAUCUGAAGGCGAAGAGGGAGCAGGAGAUGAGGAAGUGAGGGUUUGGGUUUUGCGGAGGUCUUUUUGUGAUUUUGUGGGUUGGUUGGCGUUUGGGUUUGAGUUUGGAUUGGGGUUGGGUUCUGUGAUGAUAUGUGAGGAAAAUCGGGGGUAGCAAUAGAGAGGAAGAGGUGGGCGGGUGAUGAGGAAAUGCAUUGGAUAGAAGGGCAUACGCUUCGGAGCAUCGUCGAUGAUUGGAUCAGCGUUGUAAUUACCGUCCGUCGUCAGCGAAUAGGGCAACUUUAACAAUGAACAUAAUACGACGGACGUUAUGCAGACAUGAGCACAUUUUGAAGAGCAAGCUCAGGACAGAAAAUACAAAAUCUGUAGUCA